CGGCUGCGGCGGCCUGGCGGCUCUCCGCUCUCCUCUCCCUCUCAAGAUGGCGGCGGUCGGCGGCGCUGAGGCGGGAGCCGGGCCCGCGGAGUGAAGAUUGCUUUGAUGGUGACCAGAGUGCGGAGGACAUAGGACUGGCGGCCGGCCGGAGCCAACGAGAGAAGAAACGUUCUUACAAGGAUCUUUUAAGAGAAGAGGAAGAGAUUGCUGCUCAGGUCAGGAAGUCCUCCAAGAAGAGGUUGAAGUCAUGAAUUGACAGGGAGCGGAGCAUGGUUUCUGAAGGGUUCUUGACUUGCCUCCUUGAACAGCCGUCAAUGCCUAUUCCUCUCCCUUGGUUCUAGGAGAGAGAUCUCUUCUCCCUGGGCACGGACGCGCACAAGAGGAGGAGGAAGCAUUCCUCCGGCGAGUCCUGCUAUGGAGGACAGUGGUUCUUGUUCUGAUUGCCGAUAAACCAGUGUGAAGGAGGAGAGAGGUGGAGGGCUGGGAUUGUGGAGGAUUCAGCAUAGAAGAACAGUCUUCAUUUGUGAUACACCAGAUCUUUCGCCUUUGGAGUCAUCACAGAAGAAAAAGAAGAAGGUGGUGCCAAGUCCCCCAGCCUCUGAUACAGCCAUGGACCUGCUGAAGGCCAUCACAUCCCCCCUUGCAACAGGCUCCAAGCCCCCCAGAAAGACUGGGGAGAAAUCUUCGUUUUCUUCCUUUAGCUCUUCAAGCUACUCAGAAAGCAAAAAGGAUCAGCACCCCAGGAAAAAGGGGAGCAGCGGCAGCAGCGGGGAGCUCUCCCUUGAGGACGGUGGCUUCCACAAGGCCAAAAAAAUGAAGCCACUUUAUGUUAAUACGGAGACCUUGACCCUGCGAGAGCCAGAUGGCUUAAAAAUGAAACUUAUUCUCUCACCCAAGGAAAAGGAAGGCAGGACAGGUGACGAGGAGCCUUUCCAGAAUCCUCCUCCACAAGGGACAACAAAAAAGUCCUCCAAGAAAUCCGCUCGAGAUGAGCAGGGCACUUUCCUCCUUGGGCAUGAGCUGCAGAGUUUCCUAAAAACAGCCAGGAAGAAGCACAAGCCGGCCCCAGACCAGCACCCCUCUCCUGGCCCCGAAGGCUUCGGUUCCGACGUGUCCGUCUUUUCAGAGCCGCACGGCACUGACUAUGAGCUCUCCAGCCUCGAGCCUGCCCUGGAGUCGGGCUCGUCCUCGGGGGCUGAGCUGGAGGCCGGUGAACUGGUGAUUGACGACUCUUACCGGGAAAUCAAGAAGAAGAAGAAGUCCAAGAAGAGCAAGAAGAAGAAGGAUAAGGAGAGACACAAGGAGAAGCGGCACUCCAAGUCCAAGAAGAGCCCCGGCCUUUCCACUGGGCCCACAGCCGUGGGAGAAGCCACAGGGGCAAGCCCUGGGCCCCCGCCCCCAACCAGCACACCUUUCCCAGGAGCUGCGCCUCCGCUGCCACCACCAGUCUUCCACCCUGAUGGACAGAGCGAGAAGAAGAAGAAGAAAGAAGACAAGGAGAAAGAGAAGGCAGAGAGAGCAGAAAAGCCAAAGAAGAAGAACAUGUCUGCCUACCAGGUGUUCUGUAAGGAGUACCGGGUCACCAUCGUGGCAGAGCACCCAGGAAUAGAUUUUGGGGAACUGAGCAAGAAAUUGGCUGAAGUAUGGAAACAGCUGCCAGAAAAAGACAAACUGGUCUGGAAGCAGAAGGCCCAGUACCUCCAGCACAAACAGAAUAAGGCCGAGGCCACCACAGUGAAGAGGAAGGCGGCCGCCGGCUCCGAGGGGGCCAUGAGAGUCAAAGCUUCUCCUGCUGGAGUGCUGUCGCCUCAUAAAAAGUCCCCUUCCAGCACGGUAGUGUUAUCUUCCUCCCCAGCCAAAGUCCCCGAGACAGAUCCCAUCGACGUAGCUGCACACCUUCAACUCCUGGGAGAGUCGCUGAGCCUCAUCGGUCACCGCCUGCAAGAAACAGAGGGGAUGGUGGCCGUUUCCGGAAGUCUUUCCGUUCUUCUCGAUUCUAUUAUUUGUGCUCUCGGCCCUCUGGCCUGCCUGACCACACAACUGCCAGAGCUGAAUGGCUGCCCAAAGCAGGUCCUGUCAAACACUCUGGACAACAUCGCCUACAUCAUGCCUGGACUCUGACUGCUAAGGAUUCUGGGACACGUAUGCGCCCUGCCCCCUGCUGGCUCCCAUGGACACGGACUCUUCUAGCGCCCUUUGCUGGCUGUUGGGUGUAGGUUUUAAUGUUUUUAAUACAUGUACCAUAUAUACAUAGGAUUGUAACUACCUACUUUUAACAAUUUUAUGGAGUGUGAGGGCUCAGCCGAGGGGAGCCUUGGCUUAAAUGUGGGUUUGGGUUUUUAAUUUUGUUUUGCUUUCCUUUUCUUUGGUGGUAGAUCAAUCUGCCUUAAAAUCACAGAACCUUGGGGGCCGGGGGGGGUGUUCUGGGCACUGAAGGCACCUCUUUUAUGGACAGAUAAAACAUGGUGGUCUUGUUCCAAGCCGAGUGUCGUCCCCCAGACCUGUCAUUGACCGUUUGCCUUACCUAUCCUGCAGUCUGAAGUGUACUAGGAAAGAAGGGGAUGGGAAGAGGGGAGAGAAAACAUCAAUCCUUUCAACUCGAGGUGACCAUCUCCACUUCACUCCCAGGUGGGGGGUGACAAAUCAUCUCCAUCCAGAGGCAAAGAACAGGCUUAGGCAAGGUCCCAUCAUUAGCUGGAUGGAGGCCGAGCACAUAGGAGAGCCCCAGCCCCCGGGCGCUGGGUGGGGCGGGCCAGCCCUGCCGGCACGCCGUCCCUCGGGGCACUGGUGCCAGAGCUCUUCCUUGAACCGCACUUACUCGGUUGCCGUGGCAGAGGGCCGGCGGCUCCGGGGCUGGAAUCCAGACGUGUCGUGCCACCGAGGCCUCCUGAGGGCCACUGCUUCGGGUGCUUCACAGCAGGAGAAGACAUCGGCUCGCUCAGCCCAGCUCUCCCUGGUGGGCCUGUCUCCUGGGCUCCCCUAGUGUGAGUGCUGAGCAUUCUGCCCUCCGCUCACAAGGGAGCUGCAGGAACGCACUUGAGUCUUAGGUAGUUUUGUACAUGUGUGUGUAUGUCUGUAUGCGUGUGCGUUUUAAUCAUGUAUAUUUAACUCUUUAAAAUCUGUUAGUUUUUAAUUUAUCCUGUAAAUUUCUGUAUAUAUAAUUUAAUAACAAAAAACCUCCACCAGCAGCAGCAUGUGGAAGAUUCAGAUGUGUUAGAUUUGUUCCUCUUCCCAUCCCUUCCCCCAUCCUCCCUCUAGGCUGCCCUGGAAACCCUAACACACCUGUAGCUUGAGGCAUUUCUUGACAAAGAAGAAUCAUUCCUUCAGGAUUCUGACUCCUCAUGGAAAAAUGUGUGGGCUGUGCCGAAGGUGAAGAGCUAAGCCGUGUGUGUGUGUGUGUGUGUGUGUGUGUGUGUGUGUGUGUGUGUGUGUGCGUGCGCGCACGCACCCUCGCGUGUGUAUGACCCUGCCCUCACAGCCUCGUUUCCACACAACCAGAAUAAUUUCACUUUCUCGUAGGAGAGAAAGCAGUUGAGGUUUGGGGGCAGGGGGUCUGCUGGAGUUAGGCCUGGCCUCUGUGAUCUGGCUCCUCUCCCUAGGCUUCAGCCCCACAGGUUCAGAGGAAUUUCUUGGGGAGCCUCUCAGGCUCCCCUCCCCCAUCACGAAGCUCAGCUUUGGGACAGUCACAGGGGCUAUAUGCGUCCCACCUCACCACUUAAAGCUGCUGUGUGGCUUAACCGAAAAGCAGGGAGGAAAGGGGAGGGAUGGGAAGCAGCAGGGUUGGCCUCUUGACCCAAAGCUUUGUUGCACACCAGUAAAAGCUUCCAUUUGGACAGGGAGGGAACACUGAGACUUGGAUCCAGAACCAGACGAGGUUCCUUCUAAGUUUGCCAUUUAUAGAGUAAGGAACUUCUGACGUGGGCCCAUUCUUUGUUUUUGUUUUGUUUUCAAAACCGAACCCUACUGUAUUUGUAUUUAAAAUUUGUACACAUUUGUAUAAUAAUCUGUACCUUGUGGCAUUUGGUACUAUUAGAGGGAAAUCUUUGGAUUCAGACCUACUUACAGUUUUUAUAUCAUUGCUUUGGUUUGGUUUUUUAAACAAAUCCUAGUUGUUUGGUCCAAAUCCCAUUAAAGUUGUAUAAAGAAAUAAAAUUUUGUACUUAUAUAUUAAAAAAAAAACCCACAUUUUUAA